CUCUCUAUCUCUCUCUCUCUCUCUCUCUCUCUUUUCUUCUCUCUUUUGUUUUUCUUGAUUUUUGCUAUUUCUUAGCCUAUCUCUCUGUGCUUUUUAGAUUACUUUAAAUCCCAUUGUUACAAUCAUUAUUUCUAUUAAAUUUUCUUUUCUUUCUUUUGGGUUCUAAUUAUAGGUCACUAACGUUUUCAGUAAAGAUAAGAACUUUCUGAUCUUGUGAUCUUCAGUUUCUUGAACAUGUCAGAUAAAUCUGAAGCUUAAUCAUCAAUCCUAGAUGAAAUUCAUGUUGGUUUAGUAAUCCACUAGAAAUUCCUGGAAGAAUGGAUUCCAACAGGGGUCAGAAUGGAAUUCAACUCCUGCUAGCUGCAGAACAGGAAGCUCAGCAUAUUGUCAAUGCUGCCAGAAGUCAAAAAAUGGCUAGACUGAAACAAGCCAAGGAAGAGGCUGAAAAGGAUAUUGCUGCAUUCCGUGCUCACAUGGAAGCUGAGUUUCAGAGGAAGGUUGCAGAGAGUAGCGGGGAUUCUGGUGCAAAUGUGAAGCGGCUGGAGCAAGAAACAGACACAAAGAUACACCACCUCAAGAUAGAAGCAUCAAGAAUAUCCUAUGAUGUGGUACAGAUGCUUCUCAAGCAUGUGACAUCAGUGAAGAACUAGGAACUGGCUGCACCAAGAGGUUAAUCGUGUUAAAAUGUUCUCCUUGUGCAUGUACCAUUUUGAUUCGGACACUGGUGUUCUGAUUUGGUGAGAGUGCAUUUAUUUCAGUUCUCUCUAAAAUAUUUAUGACCUCUAUUGCUUUAUUAUGUUUAUUUAUGAAAUUUAUAGCUUGUAUUGCUUGAUUACUUCAUGAAAUAAAUUAGCUCUGGUUAAGAGAUCCUUUCUUUUA